UACAACAAUUAUACAAAAACACCGUCCUAUGAGUUACGGAUUUUUAGUUAAGGCGUCUGAAAAUGUUUCAAUAGAGUUGUUAACACAAUUUAACAUACCGAUUGGACCAGUUAUAUACCGAGGUAGUGAAAGCAGGCAAGACGUGGCAAAACAUUUUAUACAGAAUAUCACUGACGUUGCCGAGAAAAUAGAAAAAUUAUUAAAGACAAACAUUGCUCUGACCAUGACCGAUGAAGACACAGCUAAACAUAAUUCAUGUUUUAAAUGUAAUUUAUGCAAAUGUAGUGUUGAUACAUACACCCGUGUCCGUGAUCACGAUCAUUUGACUGGGAAAUUCAGACAGACCUUGUGUAGUCGGUGUAAUCUAAGUCUUAAACAACCAAAUUACGUUCCAGUUUUUAUCCACAAUCUAUCCAACUAUGAUGCACAUUUCAUUGUAACCGAACUAGGUUAUAAUUCAAAAAGAAUAAAAGUAAUUCCGAACAGCGAGGAGAAAUACGUUACUUUUUCAAAAUAUAUAAGUAACGAUUUUACCAUCAGAUUCGUGGAUACUUUUAGAUUUAUGGCUACAAGCCUAUCAACUCUCGCCAACAAUCUAAUAACGCCAAACUUGGAAAAAUUCCGUAUAACGGCAAAACAUUUUUCCAACAAUGAUUUACCGCUCGUCACCCGUAAGGGUGUAUAUCCUUACGACUUCACUGAUGAUUGGUCUAAGCUCGAACAAACCUCUUUGCCGCCUAUAGAAGAUUUUUAUAGCGUUCUGACAGAAGAACAUGUUAAAGAUACGGAAUAUCAGUUUGCGGUAGAAGUUUGGAACCACUUCAAUUGUCAAACGCUGGGCGAAUAUUCCGAUCUAUAUUUAAAAGUUGAUGUUUUACUUCUGGCGGAUGUUUUUGAAAAUUUCCGGGACCUUUGCUUGAAUACAUACCAUUUAGACCCGGCAUACUAUUAUACAGCACCGGGGUUCUCUUUCGACGCAAUGUUGAAAUACACGGCGAUAAAACUAGAAUUACUGUCGGAUUAUGAAAUGCUUCUCAUGUUUGAAGACGGUAUUCGAGGUGGACUGACACAAGCCAGCAUGCGGUAUGCAAAAUCAAACAACGAAAAAACACCAGAUUACAACCCGGCAGUUCCGAAAUCAUGGCUUGUGUAUCAGGAUUGCAAUAAUCUUUACGGCUGGGCAAUGUCUCAGUUUAUGCCCUACGGAGAUUUCAAGUGGGUUAAACCAUCACUCGACGGCUUAUACGAUUUGACUGAGGAUUCGCCCAUAGGACGGGUUUACGAGGUUGACAUUGUUUAUCCGAAAAAUUUACAUAAUAAACAUAACGACUUACCAUUCCUGCCACAAAACAGCGUACCACCAGGUUCAAAAGUACGCAAACUCAUGGCUACAUUUGAGCCUAAGAAAAAUUAUAUUAUUCACUAUCGAAACCUCCAGCAAGCCUUAAACAAUGGUCUCAUAGUUGAAAAGGUGCAUAGAGUUAUUCAAUUCAAGCAAUCACCUUGGCUUGCCCAGUAUAUUGAAUUAAACACUAAUAUGAGGAAAAAGGCGGAAAAUGAAUUUGAGCGGGAUUUCUUCAAAUUGAUGAACAAUGCUGUAUUCGGAAAAACGAUGGAAAACGUUCGUAAACGUAUGGACAUGGAGCUUGUAUCGUGCAACCGACGUUUGCAGAAAUUAAUUAACAGAUCGACAUUUAAAUAUUCCACCACCUAUACCGAAAACUUAAACGCAGUAACAUUAGAAAAAAAAAUCAUUGAUUUUUGUAAACCUAUUUAUAUCGGUCUCGCGGUUCUUGACAUAAGCAAGAGUUUAAUAUAUGAUUAUCAUUAUAACGUAAUGAAAAGCCACUAUGGGGAUAAAAUCGAGUUGAUGUAUACCGACACAGACUCACUGGUAUAUUUUAUUCACACUGAUAAUUUCUACGAAGACCUUAAAAAUAAUAACAACUUGCUCGAACGAAUGGAUACUUCCAACUUACCGGAGGACCAUCCAUGUUACAUUGCCGAACGACAGAAAAUCCCAGGUCUGUUUUCUGAUGAGACGGAUGGGCUCAUAAUGACUGAGUUUUGCGCGAUGCGAGCAAAGUCAUAUUCAUACAUUUUGAAUGGUGAGGAGAAGAUCAAAGCCAAGGGAAUUAGAAAACACGUUGUAAAGAAUCACAUGACGUUCUACGAUCAUAAAAAGUGUUUGUUUGACGAGGAAGAGGAGGGGGAAAAUAAAAGAGAAAAUGUCUCCAUCCGCUCUUUCAAGCAUCAACUGAUGACGAUAAAAUCGAACAAAUUAACGUUCAAUAACUUCGAUGAUAAGAGGGUGGUGCUGCAAGAUAAAGUGCACACACUGGCUCACGGACAUUACUCUCUAAAGGAAGAUGAACCCGAGGAUGAUUGGCCUGAAUUAGAUGAAGAAGGAAAUAACUGGAAGGAGGAAGAGAAAGGCUUAAUGAGAGACCUUCUACACUGCAUAACCUAACCUGCAUAAAGUUUUGUGAUAUAUUGUAAAUAUUACUCUUGAGAUAUA